AUGAAUUGUUUCUUUAUUGGUUUAUUGAAUAUUUUAAUUGUGAUUGGUAUUAAUAGUUCUUCACAUGAAUUAUCAUCAUCAUCAUUGAUUGAUAAAGAUGCUGAGGAUAUGGCAGAAUUAUUUGAAAAAAUUUGGUCUUUAAAACCUGUUUCAGUUGGAAAAUUAGAACCUUUCGGCUAUUGUCAAGUUAUAGAAGAAUGUUGUACAACUGAAUAUCGUUCAAAAGCAAUAUCAUCUUUUGUUGCAUUCUUAGAUAAUCAUAAUGUUAAAAAUCGUUUUAUUCAAACUUUAAAUCAAUGUAUAAAAUCAAAUGAUUUUAUUGAUGAAAAUAAUGAAUUAUGUUCAUCAUUUCAAUCAUCGAUUAUUGAUCAUCGAAAAGAUUUAAAUGAUCCUGACGUACAAAAAUUUGUUAUUGCUAUUGGAAAAUAUGAAAAAGAAGUUGAAAGAUUAAUAUCUACUAUUGAUUCAAAUUGUAAUGAUAAAGAAAAACAUGCAAUUAUAUGUUUAUCUGAUAAACAAUUAUUAAAAACAUGUGCAACGAAAAUUCUUCAAUAUUCAAAUCAUAUUGAUGGAGAUAAAUUUUAUCAAGAAAUUUUAAUGAAAACUAAACAAAUAUUUAAUGAUAUUCAUCAACAAUUGUCUUACAAAUUCAAAAAGAAUUAA